UGAACAACGGUCAAUACAAUUUACACUCGGUAACUCUCUAAACCGGGCCAUUAAAAUAUUAAAUUAAUUAAAUAAACAGUUAAAUUAAGGAUACAUUCUAGUUUAUUGCAUAAGGGUUGGAUACUGGCACGGACCGUUAUUCCCCUGGAGUUGCUCAGUUCCCUCCUCAGCACCAAGACAUUUCGCACUGUUUGGGUACCUGUCGUGCCAGGGACGGCUGUUGACUGUCGGACUUUCGUCAGCUUUCAGCGCUUGUACUGAGGAGAUUCAUCAAUUGUGUCAUUCAUGGAAAACGCGUAUCCUGUUAAUUUUUGAAAGAGACAAGAGAAAAGUUGUGCGCAAAGUUCUGGCACCUUCCCUCCGGAGCGUCGUUAGGGACCAGAGUCGUCCCGCCUUUAUUCAUUUUUUUGUACGUGUGGAAGUUUCUGAAUCACCGGAAGGAAAGAUGACUCUACUUUGCACAGUGGGGUUUGCGGUGGUCGUUCUUUGCGGAGUGGCAGACAGCAGGGUGAUUCUUGAUGGUCUACAGAGGUACGGCCCCAUGCCCGGCUACCUGCCUGUCAGCUACCAGGUACUCAAUGCUAAGGCAGCCUUCUUCCUAAAGGAGGCCAACCAGGACCUAAUGAGGAACUCCAGCCUGCAGGCCAGGACUGAGCCCUUCUUCAUCCAGGAGGCCCGCCAGAUGCCCUUCAUCAACGCCAGCUACGGACCCAUGUCUGCCCAGCAACCCAUCCCCCUGGAGCUCCUACAGAGCCCCGGACCCUUCAACGGACCCUCUUUUACCUCCCUGUCAUCCUCCUCCUCCUCUUCUCCAUCCCUUUUCACCUACAACUGGAAGGUCCAUACCUUCAUCAUCAGUGAGAGGAUUCACCCCAGUUGGCCAAAGGUGCAAGUGUUGUUCUAUGUGGGAGGCAGGGACUGGGAUGACUAUACCACCAUCCACAGGCUGCCCUGUGUCAGGAUGUUUGCCUUCCACGAGACCCAGGAGGUGCGGGGCACGUGUCGUCUGAAGGGGGAGCUGGGAAUGUGUGUGGCAGAACUGGAGCCCCUGGCUAGCUGGUUCAGUCCCCCCACCGUGAGGCCAGGGAGGCAGAGAUCUCCGGAGCAGCCCCAGGGCACCCCCGUGGAGCUCUACUACAUGGUACAGUCCACGGAGACUGGGGAGUGCAGCUCAGAGGACUCAAGGAAAGGCAGUUCCAUGCACACAGAGCACCAGGGGCCCAUGGGGUACUUCUCGGGUCCCACACCCAUGCAGCGCAUUGGGAGCGUGCGUCUGUUCCAGCCCAUGCCGGAGCUGAGGCUGGACAGUAACUUUGUGGUGAUGGUGCCCUCUAGACCAAUCAGACAGAGGGAGAUAGUCUCCACCUUCCUGGCUCUCUCCAUCCUGUCACCUGUACAGAUCUUCACCCUCAGGUGA